AUGAAACUUCACAAGAUGCGUUUGUCUAGCAUCAUUUCCGUCUCUGCCAUCGGCGUAUCCGCCGUACUCGGCCAGACCAACGUCACCAACGUAGGUGAGGCGCCUAUUACCACCCACAACCCCGAAGGAAAGUCUGCCAUUGCCGCGCUGCCGGAGCAGCCGUUCUUCAAAGGAGGCCUCGACGGCAACGUCAAGGGCUUCAUUUCCGUCAAGUCGGGUGCAAACGGCUACGGCGUCGACUACGAGGUCUUCUUCACAAACCUGCCCAAAGAGGGUGGUCCUUUCACUUACCACCUACACGUCGACCCUGUCCCGGCCGACGGGAACUGCACCAAGACGCUGGCCCACCUGGACGAGCUCGGGCGCGGCGAGGACCCUGUGUGCGACCCGGAGCGCCCGGCGACGUGCCAGCAGGGCGACCUGAGCGGCAAGUUCGGUAAGGUCACGUCAGACCCCUACUCGGCCAAGUUCCACGACCCGUACACGUCGCUUCUCGAGGGCGACGGCGCGUACUUUGCCAACCGCAGUUUCGUCUUCCACUUCGCGAACAAGACGCGCAUCUCGUGCGCCAACUUCACCGUCAUCAGCGGUGACACGAGCGCGCCGCCGCCGCUCCCCAUCGUGCCCAACCCCAGCACCUCGGGCUCCGAUUGCAACGCGUCACCUGCCCAAUCCGUGCCCCUAGCCAGCACCCCAACCGGCAGCAGCAGCGUCAUCAGCGCCCCUAUCAGCACCGGCACCGCCACCCCCGUCCUCAGCAAUGAUAGCAUCACCAGCACCAGCGCCGUGCCGACAUCCACCCAGACUUUCGUCCCCGUCGCCGCCGCGAUGGGGCCCCUCAGCGCCCUCAAGAGCUUGGCCAUCGCCCCCGUCGUCGUCGGGCUGAUGGCUCUGCUGUGAAAGGGAGAGGGGGCAAAAGGAAGGGGAAAUCACGCGCGAGCAUAUGUGAAUUCCUAGGUGCCUAAGACCGCUUCAAACGGAAUCGGGGAAAAAACGGAAAAGGAAACAAACGUUGCAUGAUUGACGUGGUCCGGCAGCGGCGUUUAAGGCGUAGCAAUACCAUACUGGGUGGGCUGGGCCACCGCAGCUCCCUCUCCCUCGAAUUCUCGGACGAUACACAACCAACAAACCCUUAAUAACGCCGUCUUCAUCGGUAGCCAACAGAAAUAAAUGUGAGAUGAUGGGGGGCCACGGCCGGAGUGAUAUUAGGUACUGGCGGCGGCGGCGGUCUCGCGCUAUUUAAGUGGCACUGGCUGGCGGGCAAGCCUUGCUGGGGGGAGACAGGGAGGGGGGGGGAGAACGGAUUCGGUCAUUUAAUCCCGCUUAACUUUUGUAAUUCUCUGCACUUUUACUCAUCUUCGCUUCUUGUCUAUUCUUAUUCUAAUACGAUGCCUUUCGUUAUUCUCUUCUACUCAUGCGCCCAUCCCCG